AUGACACGGCCAAACACUCAUCCUAAAAAUGUGAAUCAACAUCCUGGUGAGAUUGUUCUCAAAACAAAACAGAAAAGACGUACAGCUCGUCAAAUCCAGGAAGACAACGACCACAUUGAGCGCGAGCAGCAAGAAUGGGAAGCUGCAGUCCAGCGUAAUGCCGAGUGUAUUGCUGCUAUUGAGGACCAGAGGGCCUUGAACGACCUCAAGAUCAUUAUGGAUCCACCAAGGCCAAGGCCUCGGGCACGACCUGUGUUGAAGGCGAAGAAACCAGUUGGUAUAGCUGAGGAGGAAGAUGUUGAAAUAAUGGAUACUGUAGACGAAGAUGGCAUUCAGCCAGUGGAGCACGAUCCUGAAGAAGAACAGACUCACCAUAAUAAUGCUGAGACUGACCACAUUAUGUCCAGUGAUGAGGAACUUGCAGAGGUACAGCCAAGGAGGAAGUGUGUGCAGAAAAUGGCACACCACGAAGCUGUCCAGGUUGCACACUUUGUUGAUAAUGCGGCUGGUAUCAAUCAAAAGAAGGAUCAGUAUACGAGAGAUGUUGAGGCACGUGUUACAUCAAAGGGUGACCAGAAAGGGAAGAAAGGAAUCACACAUGGGAGUUUGGCCAGCACCAAUCUGGGUCCUCCUCCUACUCCAGCAUGCAGCAUCAAAGAGUCAGACUUAUCACCACUGGACGACGAUGAUUCACUCGAGCGCGAGGCUGCUUACCAGGCCAGUAAGAAAAUCCAGGCUGGUGACAGUGCUAGACGCACGACUUCAGAUGUGGUUAAAGUCAGUAGCUUGUCAUCUCCGCAUACCUCACACCCAGUGUGUGCGCCAUCCCAACAAAUCGCAAGGACCAAAUCAUUGUCUUCUCCUCCCCCUUGUACUCAACCAUCGAGGACAACUGCCAGGAUUCCAUGCCGCCCUGAGCUCAUGUCGGAUUUGUCUAUGGAACUUUACAAGCCCGAUGAUACUGAGGAGGCUGAGGAUGAAGCACCCUCUGCGCCUGUAGUGGGAAAAGGCAUCAAACGCCUCACCACUUCAACUGAUGUUGGUAUCAAUAGCCAUCAUGCGCCUGCUUCAAAACGAGCGAAGACAGAAUCACACACCACGAGUGUCACAUCUCGCCGUGAUGCCAGCGGCGCUAAUAAUUGGUACCAGAACGAUGAUCUUCCAGAUGGCUGUCAGCACAACAAUACCUGGUGUUGGGUAUUCAUACCCACAGUUGCGCACUGGGCUGGUGGAGAUGUCGAGCCAUGGGGCCCUGGUGACCAUGAAUUAAGGGACAUCAUGCAAAAUAUCUGGGACCAUAUAUACAAGGGUAGGAUUGAGCACGAAAUCUCCAGUUCUGGCGCUGUUUUGAAAGUGGCCAAACAACGCCUCAUGGAAUGGCGUGGAGGGUUUGGCAUUGCCGCUUGUUCCAUUCUUACAGCAUUUUUUGCACAGGACACUGAUUUCCUGGAUCCAGAGGCUCCCAAGGAGUUUUUGCGAGCCAUGCUGAAGCAAAACUGGUCUAUAUUCAGAGAUAAUGCUGGGCUCACUCCCAAGGCUUGGACAGGCAUGUGGAGGGCCUCCUUUGUACUCCUGAUCUUCAUGUCCCACCUCAAUUUUACCUACGGCCAUGUUGGAAUUCCCAAUCUCGACACCGAAGCAAUUGGUGCACAGGCUGCCUCUGCCCUUGUUGUCACUGCAGUGUGCCGUAUCCUUCAGCUAGUCGUAGACGGGAAUAUCAUCUUCAACAUCAUUUUAGAAACCUGUAGCAAAUGCACCAAAGCUAUGAAGAUAGGCGAUGGAGAUAUUUGGACACCCGUCAUCAAAAAGGGCAAGCACUUUGCCUUUAGCAAACCUGUCUGGGGCCCCAUGACACAGAAAUUCAUGCAGCCCAUCAUGGUGCUUCCUGACGAGGACUUCGCGAGCAUAGUGCAAGAGGCACAGCAGUAUGUGAAGCAUCCAAGAAGUACUGGGAGCUCGAGGGCCACCAGUAAUGUUGCGCCUGAUGAGGAUGAUGAAUUCGCUGACCUGUUUGCAUUCCGUUAA